AAUUCAGUCGACACUGUGAAAUUGUCAAAUGCGAAUCGGACGCGCAGGAAUUGUGGUCAGAACACUCUUCAACCGUCAAACCCUAUUGGAUUGGAUUUUAUAGUGAAAAAGGUGGAAAAGUGAUUGGAAAAAAACAUGCCAAUUGUGUGUGAAAAUAUCCCAAGGAUAACAUACGGGAAGAGUUUGAUAUUCAAUCGUUUCCUGGACUUUAAACGUGUUCUACCCUUAGCACGUCCCCUUGAACCAUGUACAGCCAAUUGGCAAAUGAAACCUUGCCUCCUUCCUGCAAUGUACAGCGAAUGGGCAGAUGAUAUUCUCAACUUUAAAGUGCGCAAAGAUGAUGUGUUUGUGGUGACAUUCCCAAAGUGUGGCACCACCUGGACCCAGGAAAUGGUCUGGAUGAUUGGAAAUGAUUUGGAUUUUGAGCGUGGUCGAAAGAUUCCCCUUCCCGAACGUUUUCCCCAAAUAGAAUUAUCUUCUGUGGCAGUCAUUAGCAAAACCAAUUCAGUGAGACAAUGUGAUGAUCUCAAGGGACGGAGAUACAUCAAAUCCCACCUUCCAGCCCAUCUACUGCCCACAGAAAUCUGGACAGUUAAACCAAAAGUAAUCUACUGCACGAGAAAUCCCAAAGAUGCUGCCAUCUCCAAUUAUCACUUUAUGUCCAGGAUGCAAGGAUGGAAAGCUAAUUUUAAUGACAUGAUGGAAGCCUUCAUGGCCAAUUCAACUAUCUACGCUCCAUUCCACAGCCAUGUCUUGGACUUCUGGAGCAUGAGACAUGAGGAGAAUGUCCUCUUCUUAACAUACGAGGAAAUGAAGAAAGAUCUGCCAGCUGUUAUAGCCAAGACAGCAAAAUUCAUGGGAAAAUCCCUAACAGAAGACCAAAUAACUCGUCUCAGUCACCAUUUGUCUUUUGACUCAAUGAAGAAGAACAAGUCAAUCAGUGAGACACCCCUCAAGAGAUCAGUGCCAUUCUUCAAGUACAAACUCCUCCGGAAAGGCGAAAGUGGGACAUUUAAGAAGGAAAUGACUCCCGAACUCAUUGAACGUUUUGACAAAUGGAGUUUAGAUCAACUCGGUGAUUCAGACUUUAGAUUCUCAAUGUGAUUCCCAAAAAAAAAAGAAGAAAAAAUUGACUUUCUUUCGUAUUUAUCGAAAGAUUCAUCAAACUCUCCUUCGUAUUUUUGUCUUUUUUUUAAAUCGUUUUAAGGUUCAUUAGGAUCAAUCUUAACUUAAGAGAGCCCUAUUUAUAAUUGUAUAUAGAUAGCUUUUAAGUCGAUAAAUUUUUCUUUAUAUUUUGUAAAUAAAUUAAAAAAAAUAUUCAAUUGCCUGAGUCAAA